AUGUACGGAUGUAUCUAUCACAGAUACACUAUUAAUUUUCAUCUUAUUCGAAUUCCUCCUCUUCUUCUUUUUCUUCGAAUUUCUCCUUCUUCCUCUUCUUUAUCUUCGAAUUCCUGCUUUUAUUUUAGAAUUCCUUUUUUUUCUUUUCUUUCGAAUUCCUCCUCUUUUUUCUCCUUUUUCUUCGAAUUCCGCAUCCUUCCUCUUCUUUUUCUUCGAAUAACUCUUCCUCCUCCUUUUUGGAAUUCUUCCUCCUUGGAAUUAUUUCUCCUCCUUCUUGGAAUUCCUCCACCUCCUUCUUCCUGGAAUUCUUUCUCCUCCUCCUUCUUCUUGGAAUUCUUUGUCUUUCUCCUUCUCCUUGGAAUUAUAACUCCUUCUCCUCCUUCUGCUUGGAAUUCUUUCUCCUCCACUUUCUUGGAAUUUCUCUUCUUCUUCUUGGAAUUCCUCCUCUUCCUUCUUCUUCUUGGAAUUUCUCCUCUUCCUUCUUCUUCUUGGAAUUCCUCCUCUUCCUUCUUCUUCUUGGAAUUCCUCCUCUUCCUUCUUCUUCUUGAAUUUCUCCCUCUUCCUUCUUCUUCUUGGAAUUCCUCCUCUUCCUUCUUCUUCUUGGAAUUUCUCCUCUUCCUUCUUCUUCUUGGAAUUCCUCCUCUUCCUUCUUCUUCUUGGAAUUCCUCCUCUUCCUUCUUCUUCUUGGAAUUUCUCCUCUUCCUUCUUCUUCUUGGAAUUCCUCCUCUUCCUUCUUCUUCUUGGAAUUUCUCCUCUUCCUUCUUCUUCUUGGAAUUUCUCCUCUUCCUUCUUCUUCUUGAUUCCUCCUCUUCCUUCUUCUUCUUGGAAUUUCUCCUCUUCCUUCUUCUUCUUGGAAUUCCUCCUCUUCCUUCUUCUUCUUGGAAUUUCUCCUCUUCCUUCUACUUCUUGGAAUUCCUCCUCUUCCUUCUUCUUCUUGGAAUUUCUCCUCUUCCUUCUAUUUCUUGGAAUUCCCUCCUCUUCCUUCUUCUUCUUGGAAUUUCUCCUCCUUCUUCUUCUUCUUGGAUUUCCUCCUCCUUCUACUUCUUGGAACUUCUCCUCUUCCUUCUACUUCUUGGAAUUUCUCCUCUUCCUUCUUCUUCUUGGAAUUUCUCCUCUUCCUUCUACUUCUUGGAAUUCCACCUCUUCCUUCUUCUUCUUGGAAUUCCACCUCUUCCUUCUUCUUCUUGGAAUUUCUCCUCUUCCUUCUACUUCUUGGAAUUUCUCCUCUUCCUUCUACUUCUUGGAAUUUCUCCUCUUCCUUCUUCUUCUUGGAAUUCCUCCUCUUCCUUCUUCUUCUUGGAAUUUCUCCUCUUCCUUCUACUUCUUGGAAUUCCUCCUCUUCCUUCUUCUUCUUGGAAUUCCUCCUCUUCCUUCUUCUUCUUGGAAUUUCUCCUCUUCCUUUUCUUCUUGGAAUUUCUCCUCUUCCUUCUACUUCUUGGAAUUCCUCCUCUUCCUUCUUCUUCUUGGAAUUAUUUCUUCUCUUCCUCCUUGGAAUUAUACCUCCGCCUCAUUCUUCCUCUUGGAAUUCUUCCUCUUCCUUCUUCUUCCUUGGAAUUCCUCCUUCUUGGAAUUCCUCCUCCUCCUUCUUGGAAUUCCUCCUCCUACUCCUCCUUCUUUGAAUUCCUCCUCCUCCUCAUUCUCCUUGGAAUUUUUCUUCCUCUUUCUUCUUCUUGGAAAUCCUCCUCUUCCUUCUUCUUCUUGGAUUUUCUCCUCUUCCUUCUCCUUCUUGGAAUUCUUUCUUAUCUUCCUUCUUGA